AUGUCUUCAGACGAUGAAGGAAGAGAGGAAUACCUCUUCAAGAUAGUUGUUAUCGGCGACUCUGCCGUCGGCAAAUCGAAUCUUCUGUCUCGCUACGCCCGGAACGAGUUCAGCGCGCAUUCCAAGGCGACGAUCGGCGUCGAGUUUCAGACGCAGAGCAUGGAGAUCGAAGGCAAGGAGGUCAAAGCUCAGAUUUGGGACACCGCCGGCCAGGAGCGUUUCCGUGCCGUCACCUCCGCCUACUACCGUGGCGCCGUCGGCGCUCUCGUCGUCUACGACAUCACCCGCCGCACCACCUUCGAGAGCGUCGGACGUUGGCUCGACGAGCUUAAGAUCCAUUCUGAUACAACGGUGGCGAGAAUGCUGGUGGGGAACAAGUGUGACAUGGGGAACAUAAGAGCAGUGAGCGUGGAGGAAGGCAAAGAGCUAGCAGAAGCGCAGGGGCUUUUCUUUGUGGAGACAUCGGCUCUUGAUUCGACCAACGUUAAAACAGCUUUCGAGAAGGUCAUACUUGAUAUCUACAAUAACGUGAGCCGUAAGCAACUCAACUCAGACACUUACAAAGAUGAACUCACCGUGAAUCGGGUAAGUCUCGUUAAGGACGAUAGCUCUGCCUCUAAACAAAGUUCUGGUUUUUCUUGCUGUUCCACUUGA